AUGGUAAGAAAUUACAUAAGAAAAUCCACCAGAUGUUCGUCUUAUAAUGAUGAAUCAUUGAAAAUUGCUGUUGAAUCAGUAACGAAUGGCAUGCCACUAAAAACGGCUGUCAAAAAAUAUGGGGUCCCUGCAAGAACUUUUAAAAGGCAUCAGAUGGCCAUGACCAAAUUUUCUGGAAAAAUUAGGCUGGGACAUUUUCACUCAAUUUUUACAAAGGACCAAGAACUAGAACUAGUAGAAAUUAUUAAAAGUAUGGAAAAAUCACUCUUCGGAAUGACCACAACAGACGUCAGGAAAGUGGCUUUUGAAUUUGCCGAAAAAAUGAAAUUAAGCCAUCCAUUCAAGGUUGAAAUGAAAAUGGCAGGGAUAGACUGGAUGUAUGGUUUUUUAAAAAGACAUCCAACGCUAUCUAUUAGAAAGCCGGAAAAUUGUAAAAAGAUAAAGCGUUCUAAAGAUUUAUUAGAUAUAAAAAGUAAAACGGUGAAACGAACCAAAGAUACAACUCCAUGUGGGACUUGCACACAAAUUUUUUGUAAAGAUGUAACUGGGCGUCAGUGGAUCAAAUGCCAAAAAUGUGGCAUUUGGCAUCAUAAUGGUUGCCAAGGACUAGAAGAGGAUUAUAAUGACAUUUUUAUUUGUAUUGAGUGUGAUGAUUAA